CCUCCCUCCGUUUUCUCUCCUCCUCUCCCUCCCCCAGUUCUUCUAUGCUCAGUUCGGUCUGCGUCUCCUCUUUCAAAGGGCGCAAGGGUGGGAACAAGUCAUCCAACAAAGCAUGUUACACUGCAGACAUGACUUGUCCGUCGGAAAGCGAGAAAAUCGUGAUAAACUGCGGGGGGGUGCGGCAUGAAACCUAUCGAAGCACCCUCAAAACGUUGCCCGGUACCCGCUUAUCUUGGCUUACCGAACCGGACGCCUUUAGCAACUUCGAUUACGACCACAAAAACGACGAGUUCUUCUUCGAUCGCCACCCGUCCGUCUUUUCAUUCAUCCUCAACUAUUACCGCACAGGGAAGUUGCACUGUCCGAACGAUGUGUGCGGUCCGCUGUUCGAAGAGGAGCUGGCAUUCUGGGGCAUCGAUGAGACGGACGUGGAGGCUUGUUGCUGGAUGAAUUACCGGCAGCACAGGGACGCAGAGGAGGCGUUGGACAGCUUUGAGAAUCCCGAACCGGAGUUGCCAGAAGACGACCCAGCUCUACCGGGAGGCGCAGAUGGGGACAUGAAAAGACUGUGCUUGCAUGAGGACGGAAGGAAAAAGACUUGGUGGGAAAUCUGGCGGCCCAGAAUGUGGGCCCUCUUUGAAGACCCUUAUUCCUCAAAAUACGCCCGGUACUGCGCAUUCCUCUCCCUUCUGUUCAUCCUCAUCUCCAUCUCCACCUUCUGCAUGGAGACGCACGAGGCCUUCAAUACCAUCUACAACAAGACGGAGAACGUGACGGAGGGAAACGUGACGCGCGAGGUGAUCGUCUACGAGGUGGUGACCGACAGCUGGCUUACGUACGUGGAGGGCAUGUGCGUCAUCUGGUUCACCAUUGAGGUGAUGGCCCGCGUAGUCUUCUGCCCGGACAAGGUCGAGUUCUUCAGGAGCACCCUCAACAUCAUCGACUUCAUUGCCAUCAUGCCUUUCUACCUGGAGGUGGGGCUGAGCGGCCUGUCCUCCAAAGCCGCCAAGGACGUGUUGGGCUUCCUGCGUGUGGUCCGCUUCGUUCGCAUCCUGCGUAUCUUCAAGCUGACCCGCCACUUUGUGGGGCUUCGCGUCCUGGGCCACACGCUCCGUGCCAGCACCAACGAGUUCCUCCUGCUCAUCAUCUUCCUCGCUCUCGGAGUGCUCAUCUUCGCCACCAUGAUCUACUACGCCGAGCGCAUCGGCGCCGACCCUGAUGACCCUACGGCUGCCAAACACACAAACUUCAAGAAUAUCCCCAUUGGUUUCUGGUGGGCCGUGGUCACCAUGACCACUCUGGGCUACGGGGACAUGUACCCCGAAACGUGGUCGGGGAUGCUGGUGGGCGCGCUGUGCGCCCUGGCAGGGGUGCUGACCAUCGCCAUGCCUGUGCCCGUCAUCGUCAACAACUUUGGCAUGUACUACUCACUGGCCAUGGCUAAGCAGAAGCUUCCCAAAAAGAAGGGCAAGCACAUCCCCCGCCCCACCAUGCCGGGCUCGCCCAACUACUGCAAGCCUGACGCUCUCGCUAUGGCCACCGCCUCGCCCCAUAGGAUCCUGGGUAAUGUACUCGGCGAGGUGAUCGGGCCCGGAGGCUUCGACUGCCCCCUUGCUCAAGAGGAGGUCAUAGAAAUCAACCGAGAUUCCAAGCAGAACGGCGACGCGGCCACUGCGGCCCUGGCGAACGAGGACUGCCCUACCAUCGACCAGGUGCUGAGCCCGGACGAGCGGAGUCCCGCGGGGCGAGGGGGCACCGGAGUAACCAGGGAACGCUACCAGCAGGACCGCGCUUGCUUCCUGCUCAACACCAGGGAAUUCCGCGCCACAGAUGGGAAUGUGCGGAAAGUGUURAGUUUCUAGCAAUUUCUCUAAAGAAGACAUACUGAGUCAGUUAAUCAGAAAUGAGCGGAGGGAGCCACUUUAACCAAGACGUGUGACACGGAUGGACAGUUAAAAGGCAUAUCUUUGGCGUGACGAGAGAGAGACCGGAGGGUGAUCAAGAUAAACAUGAGGUUGGAUCUUUACGUUGUUACCAAAGCAGCCUCUUGGAAACUCCGGCCACACUUUUGAAGACUGUCUGACCGAUCACAAUGACGACUGACUGAGCAUUGCACUGACACACUCAGAGAGAAAAGGACUCCUACUGCAACAUUCCAGAAGACAUUAUAUUGUGACGCUCAACCAUCUCACAGUACAGUGACCAAUAACCGACUGCAGUGCUGAUCUACUGAGCAACUUAGAGAAUCAAUUAAUUAUCACUCACCUAUAAACGAGCGACCAGGUCUAACUAACUAUGUAGCAUCUCUGCUAACACUGUAGCAUUUGUUAGCUGGGAAAAUAACGUCAUGACCUUAUCCAUUGACAGUUUUGAACAGAGUGAUGCGGAAAGACGCACUAAAUGAAAACUUUACAUGCCGUUUUCCUCUUGUGUUAUUUCCGUUUACAAGAAACUAUUGUACAUGAGAGACAAAGACAAGUUGCCCUCGAACGGUUCUUUGGAACAUUUGUGACAGCAACUAAACCAGUUACAGGUUAAAUGAAUCAGAGAACUGAAUUUGGACAUUUGAUCAUAUAUCUGUUCUCCCACCUCAUGAAUGAGUUCAUGACUUGUAGAAGUUAAAGAGAUUGGUUAUCAAUCAAGCCUUUACGUCUCCCAUUAAUUUCCAUUCAAUUUGGAAAGACGAUGCCAGGCCCUCAACAUAGUGUAAUAUACGCACAUAUGAUAGAAGUACAUAGAUGACCAUACCAAAUGGAUGUAGCAUCAACAGAGGACCAAUUAGUACUAUAUUUUUUACCCCUGCAAAAUAAUUAUUGAUGAACAAGACUCUCUCUGUCUCUCACGUACUUACUUUGAAAUCCACGUGGCAUACUGUACCAAAGGUCCUAUGCAUGCACUUGCUGUAUGACUUGCCUAUAAAGUAACAACAGUACGGGCUGCUAUGGGAUGAACAUUCCAUAUAUCUAGAGCAAAGCUUUGAACUGCCCUUGAUACCUUCAUUAUCGCCUCGCUUUGGUACAAACGUACAAGUUGGAAAUGCCAUUCAUGUAUAUAUAACAGAGGUAAUUCCUGAGUAUAUUUUAAAACAUAUUUAAUUGAAUUAUAUUUAUUACAAUUACAUUCCUGUUGAACAAAAAAAUACUUCAUGAACAUACUUGUAUGACAGACACUGGUAUCGGUCACUAUAAAUUGACUAACUUACCUGCUGCUCAAAUCAAUCAUGAGUAGAGCACAGACUGACUAAAGGUCAAGUCCCAUGCACAGACCUGCCAACAGGAGGAAUAAGGUUCUAACUUAAAUACAGCACAGAGGAUGCCUCCAUAAUAAGGAUACCUUGAAGUCACAUCAAAGUGUAUCCGGUGGUGGAAAAAGUCCUCUGCUGUGGUUUUUACAAGGAACUAAACAU